UCAUAACCCCACCUGCCCACCCCACCUUGGGGCAGUGGGGAGAGGAACAGAAAGCUGGUCAGGGCAUCAGUGAGCUACGUGAUCUACUUGUGCAUGGAGCAGGGUUUUGGAGCAGGUCGCACCCUUCCAGCCAACAUCACCCAGGCACAGCUCUGCUCCACAGAGAACCUCUGCUUCCUCUCUCAGGGAGAAAAGGGGUAUGGUGGAGGGUUCAGGGCACAGGGGUAUAUGAGGCAGUGUGGUCUGGUGUGUAAAGCACUGGGAAGAGCCAGUAUCAAAUCCAGCACAGACUUGGGCUUCUCCAAACCAGGGGCCACAAAGGACGCUUGGGGUCCUAAAUACAGUGUAUGCAUAAGGGGCAAGGUGUAGAAGCAAUGAAAGGGAUGGUAUUCUCAUGAAGGGGAAGGGGGUGGCAGUUGUCCCCACUGCCCAUGACAAGCAUUAGCUUCCAACAGCUCCCACGCCAUGUUGUGUCCUCAGGCAGGACAUCUUGUGUUGCAGUGGGCAGUAUCCUGCAGCACUUUCUUAGGGCUCUGCAUGGCCAAAGAACCACUGAGCUCCCCCGAGCCCGUUGAGUUUUGUCUCAGCCAUUUGCCCCUGCUGCCACAAGAUGGGGACCUCAAGCCGUGGUGCUUUAUCGGGGGCAGGCAGAGGGUGCAGAGGUCCCUGCCAGGAUGGGCUUCCAGCCAGCCCCAGUCCCGAGCACACUGGGGACACUGGUCCCAUCUCAGAGGGGUGCAGGAGCCCUCCCCAGCAGCCCUGUUCCAGUGCCGGGUGCCCCAGCAGCCAGGCACCCCAUGCAUCCUGGCUCAUAGCAUAGAGCAGGUGAGCCCUGGGCUCCCUUCGCUGAGCAUCCCUUGGUGGCCAUGGCUCCAUGUGCCGCAGGACAGAGCCUACCCCAAGGGCCUGACAGGCUGGCAAGAUCUUCCUGCACCGUGGCUCUGCCUGCGCUAGUGUUCCUCCCUCAGGACCCGCAGGCAGCGCAGCAGCAGUGGUGGCUGCAGCAUGGAAGGUGGCAGGUCAAACCUUCAGCCCCUCGCUGUCCCGUGUUGGUUCUGCAGCUCCUAUUGCUGCAGCCCCAGUGCUGAUGAGAGAGGCGGAGGCAACCUCUGCACUGUCACAGCAGCGGCAGACAGAAACGGCAGCAGGUGACAUGGAGGAGGUGGACUUUGGGGACAAAGCCUCCUGACUCAGGCCAUGGCAGCGCUCAGGAGGCAGUCACAGGAAGCAGCUUCAGGGAAGAAGGAAGACUCCAUGUAUGUCUCCGAGUACUUCUCUCAGAGCGCACAGAAGCUGUCCUUCUACAGCUGGUAUGGGAAUGCUAAGCUCUUCCACUUCCAUGUGCCGGAAGAAACUGUGCUGCUUCGCUGGCUUCUGCAAGCAUCCCGGGGAAAAGGACCUGAGUGCACCGACAUGGAGAUCACAGUGCACUUUCGUUAUGGGGCCCCUCCCGUAAUUAACCCACUGGGCACUCGUUUUCCUGCUAAUGCCACUGUCCGUCCUUCCUAUAACAUCAGCAUCACUCUGAGCAGUGCUGUGCAGAACACCACAUUUGUGAACAUCACCAGCCCUGCUGCUGGAGACUGGUUCAUCGCUGCCCAUCUCCCUGAGGCUGCUGGCAGGAUUGAAGUGAAGGGUUUCUCCACUCCAUGCCCCUAUAUGUUCCAGGCAGAUAUGUUUGUGCUCAGACUCACUGAUAUGCCUGUUCUGGAGCCUGGUGUUGCCAUGCCACAAACAGUUGUCUCGCCUGCUAAGCCACUGCAUGUCAAGGUCUUUGUUCCCAAGCAUGCCGCAGGGAUGCGGUUUGAGCUGCGAAGCUGUGUGACGAGCGAGCGGAAAGCGUGUGCCGUGCGGGUAGUGCUGGGCUCCAUCACGCUGCCCCAGUCCUUCCAGAAGACCAUCACCUGCACUGGCAAUGUCAACUGCAGCUUGGCCCUGGAGUCACCCCCCUGGGAGAAGUGGCUGCAGAUCAUGGUGGAGAGUCUUGGCCCUGCCAAUGCCAGUGUGUCUGUGGAGAUGCUGGCUUCUUUCACAGCUUGCAGACCAGGAAGUACCAGUUCGUUUCUUAACUUCAGCAGCCUAAACCAGAGCCAAACUGGUCCCAGACCAGGUAGCACAGGAGCAGCAGGGAGCUCUGCUCUGACUGCCACAGAGGCUUCACACAACGCAUCUGGCCACAGGAGCUUCUGCCUGCAGAACCAGCCCGUCGUUCGUGAGGACCUGGAUGUGGUGUCUGUGCGCUACAGGCUCUUGAAUGGUCCCAGUGUGCCUGUGAACAGCCUCUCCCCCAGCCUGCUCCUCCUCAGCCUGAACACUGGCAUGGACAGCGGGGGUUCCCUCGUGAUCAGUCUCUUGCUUAACAAGACAUCCGUGAACCUGGCCAAUGCCUCCGUGGUAGCGUGUGUGAGUGCUGCUUCACCGGUGCUGUCCCUCAAUGCCACACACAACUGCAGCACAGCUUUUUUCCAGGGCUACCCUCUGAGAGUGAGCACAUCCUCUGCGGAAGCGACGCUGAUUGUCCUGUACCCACAGACGGAUGACUGGUUCCUCUCCCUGCAGCUCACCUGCCUGAAGGGCCAGGGUCAGUGUAAUGCUGCAGAAGCCAAAGUGACCGUCUUUGCAUACCUCACCCCCUGCUUCAAUGACUGUGGGCCCUACGGACAGUGCAGCCUCCUGAGAAGACACGGCUACCUCUAUGCUGGCUGCAGCUGCAAGGCUGGUUGGGGAGGGUGGAGCUGCACAGACGAUGCCAAGGCCCAGUCUAUCAGUGUGCAGAACCUGGCCACCCUCCUGCUCACCCUCAGCAACCUCAUGUUCCUGCCGGCCAUAGCGGUUGCUGUUUAUCGCUACUACCUGGUGGAGGCCUCUGUCUACACCUACACCAUGUUCUUCUCCACGUUCUACCAUGCGUGUGACCAGCCGGGCAUCGCGGUGCUGUGCAUCAUGGACUACGACACACUGCAGUACUGUGACUUUCUGGGCUCUGUGGUGUCCAUCUGGGUGACGAUCCUGUGCAUGUCCCGCGUGAAGAAGAUCCUGAAAUACGUCCUUUUUGUCUUGGGGACCCUGCUAAUUGCCAUGUCCCUGCAGCUGGACCGCAGAGGGGUGUGGAACAUGAUGGGUCCCUGCCUCUUUGCCCUCGUCAUCAUGGUUGCAGCGUGGGUUUACCACGGCGUGAAGCGCAGGCACUGCUACCCCUCCUCGUGGAAGCGCUGGGUUUUCUACCUCCUCCCAGGGAUCACCUUGGCUUUCAUUGCCAUCUCAGUAUAUGCAUUCAUGGAAACCAAUGAGAACUAUUACUACACGCACAGCAUCUGGCACGUGCUGGUGGCUUGCAGCGUUGCUUUCCUGCUUCCUCCUCGGGACAAGCAUAAAAAGCCCUGGGCCUGGUCACAGAAGCUCACUUGUCGCUAUCAGAUCUGCCAGAACGACCGUGAGGAGCUGUACGCUGUGACAUGAACUGCUCUGCUCCUGGUGGCAGAGGUGGAGGCUGCUGAGGUUGCUCUUGGCCUGGGCUGCCCCUCUCUCGCACGUCAGCAAUCCUCUUACGUGCUUGGUCACUGGCUGGGAGGGCACAGUGUGCACCAGGUUUAAAGAUGGAGAUGGUGGGCUUGUCUCGUGAGGGCAAGCUUGAGGCCACCUCUGCUUUUCUGCUGAGAGGGGGCAGGCUCUUUGUGAUUCUAGAUCAAGGAAUAGCCUGUCCUGUACCUCCCCAUGGCCCUGGGGGAAAUCGCCAACCCUUCUUCCCCUCCUGCUGCAUCCAUGAGGCUUGGGCUUAGCCCACACUGAGCUGCACCCCCUUUUCCUAGCAGAGGGCUGUGGGGCAGGGAUUUUCCCUGCUGUCCUGCAGUCAGCAUUUGAACCCAAGAAAGAUGGGUUUCUUCUGACCUGGGGGGCAAAUACUGCCGCAUGCCCUUGGUGCUGGUGGGGAGGAAGCUGAUCCUGGUGUGUACUGGGCCCUCGGCUGCCAUUUCCACGAGGGUCUGGAGCCUCUCUCGCUACGAAAUGGGCAGCGCUGCUCUUACCCAGUCCUGGUUCUGGGGGGGGGGGAAGAACAAGGCUGGGACCUGGGCCCUGGAUUCAGGCUCAGACUUGGCAGGAAUGUGAAAAAACACAAGGUGGGGACAUGCAAGCAGCAUCAGCAGCAUCUCACCCAGAGCUGUGAAACCUGCAGCAGUGCAGGGUUCAGUCCAAGCUAACUUCAGCUGUCAGCUCAGCUAGAAGGAGCCAGGCUGCUGCACUGUCCCCUUCCUCCCUCGAUGUUCAGGUAUUUACAGUCUUCCUCCCUUUUGUGGGUUUGGUGUGUGCGCAGCUCUGCCUGGGGCAGUGUGCGUGGUCCAGGAUGGGGUCUGAGCUGCGCACUCCCUGCUCCUCCAGCCUGGGAGGUGGAUGUGCUGCAGCAUCACAGCUCAUCUGAGGCCACUGGCAGCAUCCUGCCUCAGCCAAGAGCUUUGCCAUGGGCUCCCCAGAUGUCUACGGUCUCCUUUGCAGUGUCUGUCUCACCUUAGCCUUACUAAAGGGCACGCAGACAUCAGAAGGCAAGGGCAGAAGCUUAGCAACCAGGAAAGCUGGCUUUGCCCAUCCAGAUCCUAUAGGUAGAGCUAAAAUACACCGUUCCUUGCUGGUUGAUUCCAGCGCUCGGCUGGGUGUAGGCUGCUGGGAGCGCCUCCUCAGGUGGCUCUGUGGAGGAAAGAGCUAUUUAUGAAGGAUUUGCCUCCUCGGGAUUCUUUCUUUGCUUUGAAGAGCAGCCAGCCUCCUGCUCAGCUCUGCACUUUACCCUCUGCCUCCCCUCCUCUUCAAGCUCUGACUUCCUAAGCAGGCGAAGGGCACUCGCCUGAACCCAGCGAUGUUGUCCCGUCACCCGUGUCCCGAGUUUUCCCGUUGCUGCCGCUAUCCACGCCAGCAGGAUGGGACUGGGGUGAGGGACAUGGGGCCCUCAGGGCUUCUCGAACUCUUCUCACUUUUAGGCACUUUUCCCCCCGUUUCGGUUUGCACAGUGGCGUUGCAGCCCCGGUACCGUGCCAGGAGCUCCCACCGCUCCAUCAGCCGUGCCCUUUGUGCCGGGCUGCCCGUUACCGGAGAAAGCAAUAAUAAUUCCUCACCGGGCCUUUGGGGCGAGAAAUCCCGCUGCCGUGAUUGUUUAUUUUGUGUUGAUCGUGGACGUUGUGCCCUGUGCCUCCUGCUGCCCUGGCACAAGGGUGCGUUCAGGUGGCGGUGGUAUUCAUUAUGUGGGGUAAGAUCUGAGGGAAUUCCUGCGGAAAGAACAGGUCUGUUGGGUUCAUUUCCUUUGCUGUUACUUCCUGUGAUUAUUUUAUACGGUGGAUUUUAACGCUUACAGUUUUAUAAUCCAAUAAAGCUAUUUGAGGGCA